UUGCGCCCAGCCGAGCAAGCCCAGGCAGCGCGGCCUUGGGAGGGGGCUGCCCCGGACCCCCCCUCCCCCGACCCGGGCCCCUGAAGCCCGGCCUUCGGGGCAGGGAGGCGGAGUCCCCGGUGCAAGGUCCGGGGACCAGCAGCCGAGGACGCCGGGGUCCUGGAGCCAACAGGAGGCUUGGGGCUGGGACCCCAGAGACCUGUGUGCAAGAGAAGUGGGCUGAGACCUAGUCGGGGCUCCCCACGCCCUGCUGGGCCCAGGAUGCCCCUAGCCAUCAGCAGCUCCUGAGCUCAUGGAGCCCUCGGCCACCCCAGGGGCCCAGACUGGGACCCCCACUGGCGGCGGGGACCCAUCAUCAUCCCAGGUGCCUCCUGACUACGAAGACGAGUUCCUGCGCUACCUGUGGCGUGAUUAUCUCUACCCAAAGCAGUAUGAGUGGGUCCUCAUCGUUGCCUACGUGGCUGUGUUCCUUGUGGCCCUGGUGGGCAACACUCUGGUCUGCCUGGCUGUCUGGAGGAACCACCACAUGAGGACAGUCACCAACUACUUCAUCGUCAACCUGUCCCUGGCUGACGUGCUUGUAACAGCCAUCUGCCUCCCGGCCAGCCUGCUGGUAGACAUCACUGAGUCCUGGCUCUUCGGUCAUGCCCUCUGCAAGGUCAUCCCCUAUCUACAGGCCGUGUCUGUGUCGGUGGCAGUGCUGACUCUCAGCUUCAUCGCCCUGGACCGCUGGUACGCCAUCUGCCACCCGCUGCUGUUCAAGAGUACUGCGAGGCGCGCCCGUGGCUCCAUCCUGGGGAUCUGGGCUGUGUCCUUGGCCAUGAUGGUGCCCCAGGCUGCCGUCAUGGAAUACAGCAGCGUGCUGCCUGAGCUAGCCAACCGCACCCGGCUCUUCUCCGUCUGUGAUGAACACUGGGCAGAUGACCUCUACCCCAAGAUCUACCACAGUUGCUUCUUCAUUGUCACUUACCUGGCCCCACUGGGCCUCAUGGCCAUGGCCUAUUUCCAGAUCUUCCGCAAGCUCUGGGGCCGCCAGAUCCCCGGCACCACAUCCGCCCUGGUGAGGAACUGGAAGCGGCCCUCAGACCAGUCGGACGACCCGGGGCAGGGCCCGAGCGCAGAGCCCCCGCCCCGGGCCCGGGCCCGGGCUUUCCUGGCUGAGAUGAAGCAGAUGCGGGCGCGGAGGAAGACGGCCAAGAUGCUGAUGGUGGUGCUGCUGGUCUUUGCCCUCUGCUACCUGCCCAUCAGCGUCCUCAAUGUCCUCAAGAGGGUGUUCGGGAUGUUCCGCCAAGCCAGCGACCGAGAAGCCGUCUAUGCCUGCUUCACCUUCUCGCACUGGCUGGUGUACGCCAACAGCGCUGCUAACCCCAUCAUCUACAACUUCCUCAGUGGCAAAUUCCGGGAGCAGUUUAAGGCCGCCUUCUCCAGCUGCCUGCCUGGCCUGGGUCCCUGCUACUCUCCGAAGGCCCCCAGCCCCCGCUCCUCUGCCAGCCACAAGUCCUUGUCCUUGCACAGCCGGUACUCCGUCUCCAAAGUCCCCGAGCACGUGGUGCUCACCACUGUCACCACGGUGCUGCCCUGAGAGACAGUCGCCCUGGUGGCUCCCGGCGGGGGAGGUGGUACGAGCUGCUUCCUACCUGGGCUGCUCCCCUGACUCCUUGUGGAGACUGCUGGAUGCAGUGGGAGGCCAUGGCUCCAGACCUGGUUUUCUGCCUGUUUAACUCUGGGCAAGUGACUUUCCUUCUCUGAGCCCUGUCUCCUAAGCAGGAUUGAUGGGAGGAUUAAGCAUGCUCGAGAAAGCGGAAAGCUCGUUGUAGAUUGUGAAGUGUUGUGGACGGGAUUAUCCUAUUCCUCCCACAUGACUGUGCCCCACGGUCUCAUCCAUCCCUAUCAUCCUUCUGCAGCUCGGCCUUCCUCCCAAAGAUCUCUCUCCCACCCAAUUACAGGCCUUCCCUGGAGUCUGUUGUAAGGGUCCUGGCGGGCAGUGCCAUCUGGCCCAGCGGCUCCAGCGGAAAGCCUAGCUGCUCUGAGGCCCACGUGAACGAAUCGGGGUCCAGCCUUUCCCUGGUAGGAACACAGCCCCAUCCUGGCCACGUGCCGUGUGCACCGCAGACUGGACCCCGUCGGCUUUCUGGUGUGCUAGAACACUCUCUGUGUGGCCAUUUGGCAUGGAGGCCAGCAGCCUGAAGCAACUGUAAUUAAAAGCCUGGC